CAUGCAAUGGAAUAUUUGGAGAACGAAGCAGUUGUUAACAGGAGACCCGACCUCAUGUUCAAUGCACGAUCGCACAUUUAACGAUGCCUUGCUUGGGGGCGCACUCUCAAAGUGGCUACAGUUCACCAAUUCAGAAUCAGAAUGAAUGGUCCCAGGCAAGUUGUACGCUUUGUCAAACAUGUGCUCUUAAACCACGAACAAGGCAGCCUCCUACAAUCAUGGCGUCUGACUCAGAAAGCUCACGUUGGAAAAAUGCACUAGAAAAAGUCACAAUGGGGAAGAAGACAGAAAGAGCUUCAAGAGAAUCGAAAGGACAACUCAGUAAUUCAACUGAAGGAGACAGCAUAAACACCCCUGAGGAAUAUGAAUGCAAUGGAAACUUUGAGCAAGAUUUCACUCAAUUGUGCAACCUAACGGGGCUAGCCAGCACUCCUGCUGUUGUCAGAAGAUCUCACCCUCCCACAGCAAUGGAAAAGACUGGUGCAGAAAAUGUUCAAAACGUGGCUCCAUCUGAAGAAGAUAUUACUCCUACAACAUUCACCACCAAGGACACGUUUGUGUAUUUCAAACCAUGUGUGCAAGUGGAGCCGGAAAACGAAGACAACAAAAGUUCCGUCAAAGAGAUAUACAUUCGAGGUUGGAAAAUUGAAGAAAAAAUGAUGAGCAUUCUCAAAAAGUGUUUACCAGCAAUUCCCAGCCUCACGACCAUUAAUUUCUGGAAUGUUGGAAUAUAUGAGGACACCUUGGAUAUGUUCGUGUCAGUUCUCCCUCUCUGUACAAAUCUCAAGACUCUUGUGCUGGAAGGAAAUCCUGAGCCAAAACUGUCAUACCAUAAACUAAUUGGAGAGGGAAUUAUGAUAGGCCACCUGUCACUCAGAAACAACCGGAUCGAUGAUGAUGGUGCUCGGCUGCUGGGUCAAGCCCUCUCUACCACCAAGACAACCAAUAAAACCCUACUGAGCCUAAAUUUGGCUUACAACUGCAUUACUGACUUGGGGGGAGGCUACAUUGCUCAUGGUCUACGUUUAAACAGGACUUUGCUGUGUCUUUCACUGGCGCACAACAAGAUUGGUGAUAAUGGAGCUGUUAAACUUGCAGAGAUCUUGGCUCGAUUUCCACUGACACAUGAAGAGGUUGUGCAACGACGUAGUCUGCUCUCUGAAGUAAGAGGCAGUAUAGAGAUCCAGAAGUCAGUUACCUCCUUCCAGCCUGUGACUGUACGUCGCGCAGAUUCCAAACUGGACCACCAUAGCGUGAUUGACAAGGGUGAGAAGGCUACAGGAAAGGGGACAAAACCUUCCACGAAGAAAAAGGAACUGGCACAGUUUGGUAAGAAGGACGACAAAUCAUCUACUGGUAGCACAACCAGUGGAAAUUUAGGGUCAGCAGGGCCACUAAAUGCUUCAGUUAAAAAGGAUGAGUCCAAGUUGACAAAGAAAGUUUCUGCAGUUGGGGAUCUGGCCAAAGGAAACAAAGGCAAAGGAGUAAAAUCUGGCAACAAGGACAAGAAGCCACAAACAUCUGAGCCAGAGAUGCCUGAGGCUCCUGAAGCAAUUAACCCUUUGAUGGAUCACGUGGAGCACCACAAUGGUCAGAUUUUCCUUCCUGGAAAUCAAUGUCUCAUCAGUCUCAACCUGGCAUGGAAUAACAUUGGACAAGUAGGAUUGGAGGCUUUUCUUAAAUCAAUCCGAUUUCAACUGGAAGUGAGUGGCACUGGGGCCAAAAAGGCCACAGGAAUAAUGAGAAUUUCCUUACAGAGAAAUGCUUUUCCAUCGGAAAGCAAAUCAUUUAAAGAAAUAUGUGAACUGAUGGAAUCCAGAGACCCCAUGUACAAAACAGUGACCAAUCCAGCCGAGGAAGAUCAGAGUCCAGCUAUGAGCUAAUGCCUGUCACAUCACUGUUUGUACACUACCCUCUGGAGGAAGCAAUACUUAUAAUAAGGCUGGCAUUGGUGUGCACCAGAUUUUCUGUGAAUAUUAGGUAUCGAUUUAGGCAUGUUAUUUGUUUUCACUGUUAUAUAAAUUGAUUUAAAAAAUAAUAAAGCUGUUGAACGUG